AUGCCUCCCCAAAUCAUCCACCUGCCCGAUGGCCAAAAGUUCACAGUCACACCCGUCUUCGCUGGUCUCUUCUUCAAGUCGCACGAUCUCACCACCCACAACAACCCGUUUCCGAUCGGCUGGACCAUCGUGCUAAACACCGAGGACGACGAUGACGACGACCCCGAGCCACUCGGAAAUGGCUCCGUCAACGGGGAACAAGAGCCCGAGCGCGCACCUCGUCGCCAUAUCCACAGCUUCAAGCAGCCGACGCUCCAGAACGACAACCUCUUCAUCUCGUCCAUCUCUCAACCGUCGAGCUCCGAGUUCAAGCCCGCCGCGAGCCCUACCCGUCAGAUUGCCAUGAUGCUCUGGGUCACCCUCUACUGGUACUUCCACCAGACCCGACCUUCGCCGUACCUCGUUACCAACGCCUCGCGGCAUACCCCCGAGGCGGCCAGGCCCAAGGGCGAGUGGCGCAUCAACAUCAAGCGCGACGGCGUACUGCGCGGGAGGAACUUGAUCCCGAAGCUGGAACGCAUGGGCCUGAUUGCAACUAUGGACUCGGCCGUCGGGACAAGGUUGGAAGAUAAUGGGGAUGAGUGGUCGCAGAUGUUUGUAUCGCGGCGCAUGUUCUGGCAGAUUCCGGGGCGCCUGUUCCUCUUCACCUUGCAGAGGAAUAGUGCUGGAGGAUCUUUCCCAGACUCGCCAGGCGGCAGCCGACCGACUUCACCCGCAUUCGCCGACUCGAACCAUUCUCGACACAUCACCCCGAUACACUCCCCGCACCAGUCGACGGGUAGCCGAUUCGAAGUCGACCUGCCAGGAGGCCCGCCGCCAAUGUCCCCGAUGACGAUGCCGAGCUUCCCCAUCAGCCCGUUCUACUCGAGCUCGCACUUACCAACGUACUACCCACCAGCGCCUCUGAUGUACACGGUCACGGACGGCGUGCGACACCCCAUCCGCCCGAAGCCAGGCCGUAUGGGUGAAGUGUUCUACACCCGCUACAUCCCGAGCGCCGGCCAGUACCUCUCCUUCCGCGUCGCCUCCCUCGCACCGAACGCCGUUCCCUACCUUGGACCCGUGGGCCCCAAACCGGUCGAAAACUCUCACCUGACGACGAUGUCGGAUACAUCGCUCCUCCAGAAGUGGCUCGCGAAUCCUCGUGUCCAGCAGUUUUGGGGAGACUACACGCCGGGGUUCCUCACCAACGCGCUCAGUUCGAAGCACUCGUUCCCCGUCAUCGGGAUGUGGGACGGCGUGCCCUUCGGAUACUUUGAGAUCUACUGGGUAAAAGAGGACAUUCUGGGCCAGAAGCUGGGCAACGACGCCGACGACUGGGACCGCGGCGUACAUCUCUUCAUCGGCGAGGAGUGGGCUCGCGGGCGGGUGCUGGCGUGGCUGUCCAGCUUGGUGCACUGGUGCUUGACGGACGACUACAGGACGAUGCAUGUUUGUCUGGAGCCGCGGAUAGACAACGCGAGGUUUCUCCAGCAUUUGCAGAGCGCAGGCUUCGCCAAGGAGAGGGAGAUUGCGUUUGCCCACAAGCAGUCUUACUUUAUGCGAUUGAACAGGGACGCUUGGGACGGGCCGGGCUUAUGA